AUGGAGGAGAAUCGUGGGAUCUUGGACUCUCUCGGUAAGGCUCCCUAUUGGAUCAUCCUAUCUGUUUUGUAAUUCAAGACAUCUCUCUAGAUGAUGAACCUCUGAUAUUUCGAUGGGGCUCAACAGCGCCACCCACAGCACCUGGGAUGUUAACACUCCCACAGCAAACCUUGGAUGGAUGGCUAUUGAUUGUUUUCCCUGUGAAUAUUCUUCCUCCAGUUCUGCCGUUUAAAACCAUGAUCAGGCUGUCUGAACUGCCCAGGCCUUCUUAAAUGUAGGAUUCAUAGUGAUUUGAGGUGUUGAAGUAGCUUCAGUCACGUUUCCUGCUUUUGUUCUUGCUUCUGUCUCUCUCUGGUUGACCAAAGAGUCGCUUGACAUUGGAGAUGGCACAGAUUCCACGACUGAACCAAACAAACUCCAUCUCAAAACAGAGCCAGGGCUUUUGAACCUCUGACUGUGAACCCUGUAGUAACAAUAAUGAUUAUUUUAUUAUUUUUGUCCUUCCCAUCUGAUUGGAUUGCCCCAGCCACUCUGAGCAACUUCCAACAAAUAUAAAAGCAUAAUAAAACAUCAAACAUUAAAAACUUCCCAAUACUGAGGUGCCUUCAGAAGUCCUCUAACAGGGGACUUCCGGGGUGGCGCCAUCGGUAAUGGUGGAUUCCCUCUGACUCGGAGGGGACCGGCUCUGCGGGAAUCGGGUCUGUACCGCUACGGCGAAGCGGGGACCCUUCAAAAAUCACAGGCGGGUGAAGCCUGUGACCGUGGGACUCGGCGGGCACCUUUUGCGCCCCCCCAAUUUCCAAAGGAGCCCGAUUACGGGUUCCGGAGUGAAGCGGGGAAGCGGCGCAGUGCUGUGAGUCAACUGCUUCUUCCGUGGAGCGAAGCCGCACAGCCGUUGCCGGAGAGCGCUACCUUUUUCCUGUGACAAUUUGGCUACAAAACAACGAUCUGUGAGUAGGUUAAUUUGGGAAAUAAAGGAGAAAAAAAGAAGUAAUUGCAUACCGAAGCGGAGAGGCAUAAACAGGAAGUCUGCCUUCCGUUCUUUGUAAAUAGAGUAAAGCAAUGAACUUGUAAGCUAAAACCUUGAAAGACGCUUGAAAAGGACUAUAAUUCUAUCAUCAAAAACAAGCAAUUUCCCCCCUUGAUUGCAGGAGAGGAGGGGGGAAAUAUCUGAACUGUAUUUUCCUGUAAAAAGAGAGAAAAGGAAGCUAAAAUCAACUGCUUAAAACCUGGGAACGGGCUGCCAAUGAACAAUAAGAAUGCCGUACUGUGAAAUGCGCUGUUGGUGAAAGUACUUUUUGACAGCUAACUCUGCAAGUGUGAUACAAGUGAGAUACAAUAUUUUUGGCUGGCUUCUCCUGGUUUCAAAGUAACUGGAAAAUAACUGAAAUUGAAACUGUCGUCUAUUUUGUGAACUGGGGGAUUAAAAGAAAAAAGGUUAUUUAUUUUAAGGUAACAACUGCUGCCUGUUACUGUGUCCCCCUAGAGGAAGUUUGAGAUUGUUACAAUAACAACUGGGCCAGGGGAAUUUUCCACUUCAUAACAAACUCUGAUCGUGGGACUGACCUUGGGCCUUAUCUAGACUGUUAUGGCAAAUGGAAAAGAGAAAAUAGAUUUGCUUCAGGAAAAAACAACGAGGUCUGGCAGAUUGUUUCGCACAGACGUUGGGCUGCAGUGAAGAGCAUCAACAUCUGGCCCUUCUGGCUUACCAACAGGGGCUGCAUUGGUACAAUCUAAACCCAAAGGAAUGGCAUCCGAAGAUGUUUUAGCUCAGGCACUAGGUAAAAUUAAUGAAUCUCUGGAAAAACUAAGUAAACAAGUAGCUGAAGCAUUAGUUAAAAUUGAUCAAAAUACCACAAGCAUUAACAAUUUGGGACAGAAGGUAAAUACUAACACAGAAACUAUUGAGAAAUUGCUACAGGAAUCUACUUUGACCCGAAAGACAGCUGAAGAAGCAAAGGAAAUAGCAGUUGCUGUAGAAGAGAAGAUACCACCGAUACACAAGCAACUUGAAGACCACAGGUCAAUAUUGUCUAUGAUUGAAUUGAAGGAGAAGCAAACGAAUUUGAGGAUCAGGGCCGUACCUGAACUUGAGAAAGAUAACUUGACUGACUUUCUUACGCAGGAAUUUGCAGACUUUUGGAACCCAGAUUUGGAGAAGGAUAACUUUAAGGUAGUGAGUGCUUUCAGGCUUGGAAGAGGAGGGAAGAAGAACAGGGUGAGAGACUGUUUGAUCACCCUCCGAACAAAAGAGGAGAGAGACAAAAUCUUGAGUCUGCACUUCCAGAAGACUUUGGAAAUACACCAGUCAAAAGUGGAGAUAUUUAAGGACAUUCCAAAAUAUCUUUUGGACCUUAGGUCCAAUUAUAGAGAUCUGGUUGCCCUGCUGAGAAGCAACAAAAUCAUCUUUAGGUGGGAAUUCCCCCAAGGCCUUUCUUUUAGCUUCAAAGGAAGAAAGAUAAAAAUAAGAUCAGAGGACGACAAAGAAAGAUUUUUGAGAGACCACGGAGAAGACCUGCAGAAAGAAGCUGGAGAAGAGCCAAGAAUACUAGAAAGAGGAAUUUUAGACAUACCAAGACUACCUUUUGAAUUAAGAGACCGCCUGGAGAAGGUGAUACCACCGACAGAACAGGAACAAGCACUUGGAGCAGUUGGAGGAGAAGUAAAGUAACUACAUCAUGGCUCUGCAACUAUUAAGCUGGAAUUGUAAUGGUCUGAACUCCCCUCAGAAAAGGAAAUCUGUGUUUCAUUUAUUAAAAAAGGAACAAUUGGACUUGAUUUGUUUACAGGAAACACAUGUAACAAGGCUACACAGGAAAGUAUUGAUCAAUAAAAGACUGGGCCAGGAAUUUAUUUCUUCGGAUAAAGUUAAAAAAAGAGGAGUAGUGAUUUAUGCAAAGGAGAGACUAUUACUGAAAUUUAUCUUCAAAGAUGACCAAGGAAGAUUUGUGGCAAUUGAAAUUCAAAUACAAGGAGAGAAAUUCUUAAUAGUAGGAGUUUAUGCACCAAACGAGGGGAAAUCUGAAUUCUUUUAAAAGUUGCAUGAGACCUUGAUGGACUAUUUGGACUAUAAUGUGAUUUUGAUGGGCGAUAUGAACGGAGUGGUAUCUACACAUAUGGACAAGGCACAAAGACAGGUAGUCACUAAGGAUGGUAGACUACUGAAAACCUUCUUUGAGAUGACAGACAACUUGGACUUAGUUGAUAUUUGGAGAACAAAAAAUCCCUUGGCCAGAGAGGGAACCUUCUUCUCUGAAGCCAAACUGGCAUGGACAAGAAUUGACCUAAUAUGGGUAACUAGAAGAAUGGCACCAAAGACAAGAAAAGCGGAAAUCUGCCCAAAAACCUGCUCCGACCAUAAUGCUGUUAAGAUGGAAAUGAAACUAACACCAACCGGUUCCUUCAGAUGGAGGAUGAAUGAUACCUUAUUUAGAGAUGAAGAAGUGAUUAAGAAGGCCCAAAAAACCUUGAGAGACUAUUUUGAGAUAAAUAUGAACACCAAUGUUGAAAAAAGAGUAAUCUGGGACGCAAGCAAAGCUGUUAUGAGAGGGUUCUUGAUACAACACAAUGCAUUAAAGAAGAGAAUCCAAAAUGAGAAGAAGGAUAAAAUAUUGGAGAAAAUAAAGGAAAGUGAAAAGAGAUUGAGAGCAAAACCAAAGUCGCAAGAGAUUUUGAGAGAAAUAAAGUUACAUCAAGUACAAUACAUGAAAAUGAUGAAUCAGGAGAUAGAAUGGAAAAUUAAACAAAUGAGACAAAAGACAUUUGAGUCGGCUAAUAAAUGUGGGAAAUUGUUGGCUUGGCAAAUGAAAAAAUGACAAAAAUUAAAUACUGUUACAAAUUUAGAAGUGGAAGGAAGGAACAUACAGAACCCAGCUGAGAUUAGAAAUUGUUUCCAGAGGUACUUUAAACAACUAUAUACACAAGGGCCACAGAAAGAAAUUGACGUAGACCCAUUUUUGAAAACAAAUGGAUUACAAAAAAUCUCUCAAGAAAAUAAAUUAAUGUUGAACUAUAAAAUAACUGAACAGAAGGUAGAAGGUGCCAUUCAGAAUAUGCAACUAGGUAAAUCUCCAGGACCAGAUGGACUGACUUCUAGAUACUACAGAUCUUUAAAAGAAUGGUUAGUACAACCUUUAAAAGAAGUCUGUAACGAAAUAAUGGGUGGGAAAAGGGCACCAGAGUCGUGGAAAGAAGCGUAUAUUACACUUGUACCGAAAACAGAGACUGAAAAGACGCAGUUUAAGAACUACCGCCCCAUAUCACUGCUCAAUGUGGAUUAUAAAAUUCUUGCAGACAUUUUGGCUAAAAGACUAAAAAGAGUGCUAGUGGAAGAGAUACAUAAAGAUCAAGCAGGCUUUCUCCUAGGUAGACAUUUAUCUGAUAAUGUGAGAAACAUAAUCAAUAUUUUAGAAAAAUUACAAGUGAAUAUAAAUACUAAGGCAGUUUUGAUAUUUGUGGACGCGGAGAAAGCUUUUGACAACAUUUCUUGGCGUUUCAUGAAGAAGAACCUACAGGGGAUGGGGAUAGGCCAAGGCUUUGAAAACGGUGUAAGUGCAAUAUAUUCAGAACAAAAGGCUAAAUUAAUUGUAAAUAAUGUGGUGACGGAGGAAUUCAAGAUAGAAAAAGGGACACGACAAGGUUGCCCAAUCUCCCCAUUGCUUUUUAUAUCGGUCCUGGAGGUCCUGCUGAAUAUGAUUAGAAGGGACCAGUUGGUUAAAGGUAUACAAGUCGGAGCUAAACAGUACAAAUUGAGAGCAUUUGCAGAUGACUUAGUAUUGACACUACAGGAGCCAGAAUCUAGUACUAAAAGGGUUUUGGAACUGAUUCAAGAAUUUGGUCAGGUUGCAGGAUUUAAGCUGAAUAAGUUAAAAACAAAGGUCUUAGAGAAAAAUUUAACAGCGAUUGAGAGAGAGAGGUUUCAGAAUGAGACAGGUUUAACAGUGGUUAAGAAAGUGAAAUACCUGGGGAUCAACAUGACAGCUAAAAAUAGGAAUCUAUUUAAAGACAAUUAUGAAAAAUGCUGGGCUGAAGUGAAAAAAGAUUUAGAAAUAUGGUCAAAUUUGAAGCUUUCACUGCUAGGCCGUAUUGCUGCAAUAAAAAUGAAUGUAUUGCCUAGAAUGUUGUUUUUGUUUCAAAUUUUGGACAAAAUGGAUUUCUUCAAGAAGUGGCAGAGAGAUAUCUCUAGAUUUGUCUGGCAGGGCAAGAAGCCCAGAAUAAAAUUUAAAAUACUAACGGAUGCAAAGGAAAGAGGCGGAUUUGCCCUGCCAGACCUUAAACUUUAUUAUGAAUCAGCAGCUUUUUGCUGGCUGAAAGAAUGGCUGCUUCUUGAAAACACAGACAUUUUGGACUUAGAAGGUUUUAAUAAUGUAUUUGGAUGGCAUGCAUAUUUGUGGUAUGAUAAGAUCAAAGCACAUAAAGCAUUUAAAAAUCAUAUUGUCAGGAAAGCAUUGUUUAAUGUCUGGAUAAGAUAUAAGGAUCUAUUGGAAAAUAAAACCCCAAGGUGGCUGUCACCGAUGGAAGCGAAAGCUCAGAAAAAGCUCAAUAUGGAGGCCAAAUGGCCGAAAUAUUGGGAAAUUCUGGAACAAUAGAGAGAUAGAUUGAAACUGCAGAGCUUUGAGAAACUAAAAAACAAAGUGCGAGAUUGGCUUCAUUAUUAUCAGAUAAUGGAGGCAUAUAAUUUGGACAAGAAAAUUGGCUUCCAGGUGGAAAAAUCAAAGUUAGAAACAGAACUGUUAGAACCCAAAACUAAGAUUUUGUCAAAGAUGUAUAACUUGCUGUUGAAAUGGAAUACUCAGGAUGAAACAGUGAAAUCUGCUAUGAUUAAAUGGGCACAAGAUGUUGGACAUAACAUAAUGAUGGCUGACUGGGAACAGUUAUGGACCACAGGUAUGAAGUUUACAGCAUGUAAUGCCUUAAGAGAGAAUAUUAUGAAAAUGAUAUACAGGUGGUACAUGACCCCAGUCAACCUUGCAAAAAUCUAUCAUUUGCCCGAUAAUAAAUGUUGGAAAUGUAAAGAAACUGAAGGUACAUUCUUUCACCUUUGGUGGAUGUGCCCAAGGAUUAAGGCUUUCUGGGAGAUGAUAUAUAAUGAAAUGAAAAAGGUAUUCAAAUAUACCUUCUUGAAGAAACCAGAGGCCUUUCUCCUGGGCAUAGUCGGCCAAUUGGUGCCAAAGAAGGACAGAACUUUCUUUAUGUAUGCCACAAAUGCAGCAAGAAUACUUAUUGCAAAAUAUUGGAAGACAGAAGAUUUACCCACCCUGGAAGAAUGGCAGAUGAAGGUGAUGGACUAUAUGGAAUUGGCGGAAAUGACUGGCAGAAUCCGAGACCAGGGAGAAGAGUCGGUGGAAGAAGAUUGGAAGAAAUUUAAAGACUAUUUACAGAAAUACUGCAAAAUUAAUGAAUGUUAGAAUGAUGUCAGAAUGAAGUUAAGUGGUUUUAGCAGCAAUGUUAUAAAGGUGUAUGUAAAAAUGGAUUGUUAAUAGGUGAGAAUCCAAAGCUAUAAUUUAUUAAGUUAAAAGAUUAAGACAAAAACAAAGAGGGAAAGGAAUUGCUGAAUUAACCAAUUGAACUGGAAUACAAAAAAGGGAGGUGAAAGGAGGUCAGGGAAGCAAGGAAAUGAAAUGUAAGGUAUGGAAAGAUUGAUUUGUUUUUAAGUGUAUUUUAUCUUUUUUCUGUAUUUUGUAUUUUUUCUCUUUUUUAUUUUUUAUUUUGUUUCUUUUCUUUUUAUCUGUGUAAUCUAUUGUUUUUGAAACCUUAAUGAAUAUCAUUUUUUUAAAAAAAAAAACCAACUAUCUAACAAAUCUACUAAGUAGAGGGUUUCCCAAAUUAUAAUAUUCACUCUGAAUCUGUGUUCAAUGAGCUAAUCUAAUUUAAAAAUUAAAGGGAUGAAAUUUAAAAAAAAACAAAAAACAGAAGUCCUCUAACAGUUGCAUCGUUAUUUCCUUGACAUCUGAUGGGAGGGUGUUCCACAGGGUGGGUUCCCCUAUCAAGAAGGCCCCCUGCCUUGUCCCCUGUAAUUUCUCCAUGUCAUGUAACAUUUAAGUAAGGAAACUUGAAUAAUAAUACUAAUGCUGAUAUGACAAGUUUCUGCUGCAAUCUGUGAUGUCGAGAAUUUAAGAAAACAUCCAAAUUGGGGACCGGAGGUGGGCAGGUGUGGAGGACUCCCUGGUCCUGAAUAUGGUAACUGUGCCCCUGAAGGACCAGGUGCGCAGCCUGGGAGUCAUUUUGGAUUUGCAGCUGUCCAUGGAGGUACAGGUCAAUUUGGUGUCCAGGGCAGCUGUCUACCAGCUCCAUCUCGUACGCAGGAUGAGACCCUAUCUGCCCGCAGACUGUCUCGCCAGAGUGGUGCAUGUUCUAGUUAUCUCCCGCUUGGACUAUUGCAAUGUGCUCUAUGUGGGGCUUCCUUUGAAGGUGACCUGGAAACUACCAACUAAUCCAGAAUGCGGCAGCUAGACUGGUGACUGGGAGUGGCCACUGAGACCACAUAACACUAGUCCUGAAAGACCUACAUUGGCUACCAGUACGUUUCCGAGCACAAUUCAAAGUGUUGGUGCUGACUUUUAAAGCCCUAAACGGCCUCGGUCCAGUAUGCCUGAAGGAGCAUCUCCACCUCCAUCGUUCUACCCAGACACUGAGGUCCAGCUCCGAGGGUCUUCUGGCAGUUCCCUCCCUGCAAGAAGUGAGGUUACAGGGAACCAGGCAGAGGGCCUUCUCGGUGGUGGCACCCGCCCUGUGGAAUGCCCUCCCACCAGAUGUCAAAGAGAACAACUACCAGACUUUUAGACGACAUCUGAAGGCAGCCCUGUUUAGGGAAGCUUUUAAUAUGUGAAGGCCUAUUAUAUUUUAAUAUUUUGUUGGAACCCACCCAGAGUGACUCGGAAAACCCAACCAGAUGGGUGGGUUAUAAAUAAUAAUUUUUUAGAAUAUAUAGUAUAUAUUUUAAUUUUGAACAGGGAACUUUCCUUCAUUGGCUACCAUUUAAAUAAUGAUAAAAGCACACUUUAUUUAUGAAUAUAGUACAGGUCCAUAUUUAAGUUUGAACAAAAUGAUGUUACCAAGUCAAGCUGUACAGUUAUCUUUUAAAAACUUAAGAGAGAAAACAUCCAAUAUUCAACUUGAUUUGUUUAUGAAACUACACAUUUUUACAGAACAAAGGAACAUUAUAACAUCUAACUCCUUUCAGUUUUUCCCUGUCAAAACAUUAAUGAGGAUUGCUGCAUAAUUUAGGACUGCAUUUCUUCCCAAGGCUCUAAUAUAAUUCCUGUUUGUUUCAGGUGGUGAUGAAUUGGAAAUGAAGAACAAGGGAGACCACAACAAAAUCCACACAGUGGAGGAUCCAUAUCAGGAUUCAGACUGUGGAGAGGGCUUCAGGCAGAGCUCCCAUUCCACUUCCCAUCAAAGAAAUCCCCUUGAGAAGAAACACUACCACUGCUUGGAAUGUGGAAAGAGCUUCACCAGGAAAGAAAGUUUCACUUCCCAUCAAAGAAUUCAUACAGGGGAGAAACCUUAUCAGUGCUUGGAAUGUGGAAAGAGCUUCAGUCAGUGCUCCCAUCUCAUUGCCCAUCAAAGAAUUCAUACAGGGGAGAAACCCUAUCAAUGCUUAGAAUGUGGAAAGAGCUUCAGUCGAAAGGACAGUUUCACUUGCCACCAAAGAAUUCAUUCAGGGGAGAAACCCUAUCAGUGUUUGGAAUGUGGAAAGAGCUUCACCUGGAAAAUAAGUUUCAUUUCCCAUAAAAGAAUUCAUACAGGAGAAAAACCCUAUCAAUGCUUGGAAUGUGAGAAGAGCUUCAGUCGAAAGGACAAUUUCACUUCCCAUCAAAAAAUCCAUACAGGGGAGAAACCCUAUCAGUGCUUGGAAUGUGGAAAGAGCUUCACCAGGAAAGAAAGUUUCACUGUCCAUCAAAGAAUUCAUACAGGGGAGAAACCUUAUCAGUGCGCGGAAUGUGGAAAGAGCUUCAGUCACAGCUACCAUCUCACUUCUCAUCGUAGACUUCAUACAGGGGAGAAACCUUAUCAGUGUGCGGAAUGUGGAAAGAGUUUCAUUCGAAAGGACAGUUUCACUACCCAUCAAAGAAUUCAUACAGGGGAGAAACCUUAUCAUUGCUUGGAAUGUGGAAAGAGCUUCAGUGAAAGCUCCAGUUUCACUUCCCAUCAAAGAAUUCAUACAGGGGAAAAGCCAUAUCAGUGCUUGGAGUGUGGAAAGAGCUUCACUUGGAAAAAGUGUUUCACUUCCCAUCAAAGAAUUCAUACAGGGGAGAAACCAUAUCAGUGCUUGGAGUGUGGAAAGAGCUUCAGGAAUUGCUCAGAUUGCAAUUCUCAUCGAAGAAUUCAUACAAGGGGGAAACCCUAUCAGUGCUUGGAGUGUGGAAAGAGCUUCAGCUGGAAACAGAGUUUUGCUUCCCAUAAAAAAAUCCAUACAGGGGAGAAACCAUACAAGUGUGUGGAAUGUGGAAAGGGAUUCAUUAACAGUGCCAAACUCACUUCCCAUCAAAGGAUUCAUACAGGGGAGAAACCCUUUAAGUGCUUGGAAUGUGGAAAGAGCUUCACCUGGAAAAUAAGUUUCACUUCCCAUCAAAGAAUUCAUACAGGAGAAAACCCCUUUCAGUGCCUGGAAUGUGGAAAGAGCUUCACCAGGAAAGAAAGUCUCACAGCCCAUCAAAAAAUCCAUACAGGGGAGAAACCCUAUCAGUGCUUGCAAUGUGGAAAGAGCUUCAGUCAAAGCAACAAUCUCAUUUCCCAUCAGAGAAUUCACACAGGGUAG